UUCAGUUUCGAGACCUCUCCCUCCAAGAGUCAGUAUAAAUAGCAAGUGCCAGAGCAAAUCAAGCAGUGCAGGCUUUGAAUGCAAUAACUUCAUCUGCACUCAGCUUUGUAGAGGUAUACAGUAUGCAAGACCCAAAAAAGUGCUCGGCUGACUCUUCAGUGGAUUUGAAUGCAACAUCUAACCUCAAGAAUUCAUCUAAGGGAAAUGAGGAGGCUGAAGAGGAAUGGGGGCCCCAGCAAUACCAUCAGAUUCGAAGUGAUGCCAUCAUACAACUGAAAGAAAAAGGGAAGCAUCCUUACCCACACAAAUUCCUAACAAACAUUACACUUUGUGAAUUCAUUGACAAGUUCAGUCACCUGAAAGAAGGGGAGCAUCUUCCAGACAAACGAGUCUCUUUGGCAGGACGAAUUUAUGCCAAGAGAUCUGCUGGUGCAAAGCUGCUUUUCUACGAUCUCCGGGGAAAUGGAGUUAAAUUACAAGUUAUGGCAAAUGCUAAAUUUUUCAAGUCCGAGGAGCUUUUCACUGAAACUAUAAAUAAGCUGCGACGAGGAGACAUCAUUGGAAUUGAAGGAUAUCCAGGGAGAACAAAACAUGGAGAACUGAGCAUCAUAUCAUCUGACAUAACUCUUCUGUCACCAUGCCUGCAUAUGUUGCCUCAUCUUCAUUAUGGAUUUAAAGAUCAGGAAACCAGAUAUCGUCAGCGUUAUCUGGAUUUGAUUAUGAAUGAGCAUGUGAGACAGAAAUUUAUUACAAGGGCCAAAAUCAUCUCGUAUCUACGAACCUUCCUGGAUAAUCUUGGAUUUCUUGAGGUGGAGACUCCCAUGAUGAACAUGAUACCUGGUGGUGCUGCAGCCAAACCCUUUAUUACUCAUCACAAUGAGCUCAACCUGGACUUAUACAUGAGGAUAGCUCCUGAACUAUAUCUCAAGAUGCUAGUAAUUGGAGGUCUGGAGAGGGUAUAUGAAGUUGGACGCCAGUUCAGAAAUGAAGGAAUCGAUCAAACCCACAAUCCAGAAUUUACAACUUGUGAGUUCUACAUGGCUUAUGCAGAUCACAAUGACCUCAUGGACAUCACUGAACAGCUGCUGUCAGGCAUGGUAAAGCAUUUGACAGGCGGAUAUAAGAUCACUUACCAUCCAGAUGGCCCUGAGGAAAAAGGAGUAGAAAUUGACUUCAGACCUCCUUUUAAACGAGUCAGCAUGAUGGAAGAACUGGAGAAAGUACUCGGAGAAAAGUUGCCAGCACCAGAAAGCCUGGAUACCGAGGAAGCCCGACAGUUCCUUGAUCAGCUGUGUGUGAAGAACGAAGUCCAGUGUUCUCCUCCGAGGACUACAGCAAGACUUUUAGACAAGUUGGUGGGUGAGUUUAUUGAAGUUUCCUGCAUCAACCCCACAUUCAUUUGUGACCACCCCCAGAUCAUGAGUCCACUGGCUAAAUGGCACCGUUCAGUGAAAGGACUGAGUGAACGUUUUGAACUCUUUGUCUUGAAAAAGGAGAUCUGUAAUGCAUACACUGAGCUCAACGAUCCAAUGAGGCAGAGAGAGCUCUUUAAAGAGCAGUCUAAGGCUAAAGCAGCAGGUGAUGAUGAAGCCAUGAGCAUUGAUGAGAAUUUCUGCAUAGCACUGGAAUAUGGCCUCCCUCCUACUGGUGGUUGGGGAAUAGGGAUUGACCGUCUUGCCAUGUUCCUAACAGACUCCAACAACAUUAAGGAAGUGCUGCUCUUUCCAGCAAUGAAACCAGUUGAAAACAGACUUCAGUCAGAAGAGAAAACUGCAGCCUAGAGGCAUGAGAAGAACUAGCCUUCUUGCCAGAACUUUUGUUAAAGGAAAAGUACUAAUUAAAAAAACAUUUAUUUUCAAAGUAUAGUGCAUAAUCAAGACUACAGAGCUUAAAAUGAAAUGUGCCAGCUGCAUUAUAAGUAUAAGCAGAUUAGUGAUGAUUUUCCUUUGCCAUGACUAUCUGUUCCAUACUCCUAUUGAUGAUAAAACCCAUGGACAGCAUGUUUUUAAAAAUGGCAGUAUGGUGUCUGCUCAUAAAAAUGGAAUAGAUAGGUAGUAGCAGGGAAACAUUAUGAGCUAUUUCACAAGUCUGUACACCUGACAAUUCUUAAUCAAACCAAGCAUCCUUUUGUUUUUAGUUUUUGUUAUUGCUGCUGUUGAAAUCUGUUACUGUUGACUGGCUUGAAAUCUGGUCUAGUUCUCAUUUCCAAGUAAAGCAGAAUCUUAAGAGUUGGGAAACAUCAACACAGCCUUAGAAAUGGGAUACGGUAUUGAAUCAGCUGCUUUCAGGAAAGUGACACAGGGUUAAAUAUGGGUCAUGUGCCCUUAUUCUUUAAGCUAACUUUUUCAAGAUUGACAUGGAAGGCCCAUAUUUGUAUCUACAAUAGAAAUAACUAAAGUUACCAUGUGGUGAUAUGUCAAGUACCAUUAUUUGAAACUUGAUUGCUGCAGAAACAGUUGGCAAAUGUUGACUUUAAUGGGUAUUUGUGAUAAGUAAAAUGUUGGGCUUGUUAGCCCUGACAAGCUUCCUUUUAUCUAAGGAAGGAAACCAGCAAAAGAAACUGGGCACAUUUAUCCUCUGUGUCACUGGACGGAAGUUGAUGGAUAUAAACCUAGCUCGAUCAGUCCUCAUUUAUAAACCUCAGUCUCCCUUUAGCUUUUUUAGUAUAAUCUGACCACCUUUCAUACAACCUAGUAAAAGCCCCAAAUCCUUCUAUAUUUACUAACAUAGUUAACCAGCACAUGCAUGCUUUGUGUGUAGUGAGCAAUGUAGGCAGUUGCAGUGACAGGAGAGAAAAAUGGAGUCCACGAUUGAGGGUGGCACGGGAUUUGAUAGCUAGGUGGGCUUACCUGCUUGAGAAGUCUGAGAGAAAAACAGCAAUAUCUGCUUUGAACCUGAGGCCUAACUGCUUAUGCAGACAACCAAAAUUAUAUAUAGACUGAAUGCUGUGCUUUUGAUUACAAGUGUACUUAAGGUCAUGUGAACUAUAAUCUUUUAUAGCUUAUGUAAGUUACACGUUUAUGCUAAGCUUUGCAGAAGCAAAACACAAGCAAGUGAAAAUUUAGGCAAACAGUCUCUUUCAGUGUGACCAAGAAGGGUAUGUGGGAUAGGGGAGAGAAUAAAAAAAUGUAUUGGCAUGUGUACACCAGGCCAUGUGGGAAGGAAAUACAAGAUUCUUUCUCUCAAAAGCCACAUUAUCCUGUCGUGACACAUCUUGUCCAAUUGCUGUGUUGCAAGGUACUCUGAAAAAUUAGUUUGGGUUAGUUUGUCAGAGUUGUCACCGCUGCCAAAAAAAAUAAAAGAAAAAUUCAGAAAAGAAGAGGUAAAGUUGCCUAAGUUAAAGACAACAAGAGAAACAGCCUUAGCGAGUGAAGAAUCUAUAGCGAUGCUGGCGCACAGGAAAAAGACCAAGAAAAAACCAAAGACAUCUGCAGACUUCAGCUAGUGGUAUUGUAACAGUUUAUUUUUUCUAUUGAGGGUAUAACUGAUUUGUUUGUAUUUGUGUGUUGUUGCUAAUAAAAAGGAUUUUAAUUUUAA